CCCCCGCGCCCGUUGCGUCAUCUGCGCGCGCCACUGCAGCAGGCGGCGGCGGCGGCGGCGGCAUCGGCAUCGGCAUCGGCAUCGGCAUCGGUGGCGACUUGAAGUGCGGCCGGCUGCUGCAGCUGAAGCCGGCGGAGCUGCGAUGGGGAAGCCAAGGCAGAGAAGUUAACCAACGUGUCCAAAGUCACACAUGCACAUGAUUUGGGAAUUACAUCUUGUGACAUGGAUGAGUCUGCAUUGACCCUUGGCACUAUAGAUGUUUCUUAUCUGCCAAAUUCAUCAGAAUACAGUGUUGUACCAUGUAAGCACUCAAGUGAGGAAUGGGGUGAAUGUGGUUUUAGACCUACAGUCUUCAGAUCUGCAACCUUAAAAUGGAAAGAAAGCCUAAUGAAUCGGAAAAGGCCUUUUGUUGGAAGAUGUUGUUAUUCCUGUACUCCUCAGAGCUGGGAUAAAUUUUUCAACUCCAGUAUCCCAUCUUUGGGUUUGCGGAAUGUUAUUUAUAUCAAUGAAACUCACACAAGGCACAGGGGAUGGCUGGCAAGGCGUCUUUCUUACGUGCUUUUUGUUCAAGAGCGAGAUGUCCAUAAAGGCAUGUUUGCUACCAAUGUGGCUGAAAAUGUAAUGAACAGCAGUAGAGUUCAAGAAGCAAUUGCAGAAGUGGCUGCCGAAUUAAACCCGGAUGGCUCUGUUCAGCAGCAAGCAAAAGCUGUAAAUAAAGUGAAAAAGAAAGCCAAAAGGAUUCUUAAAGAAAUGGUUGCUACCGUCUCACCAGCAAUGAUCAGACUGACUGGGUGGGUGCUGCUAAAACUGUUCAACAGCUUCUUUUGGAACAUUCAGAUUCAUAAAGGCCAACUUGAGAUGGUUAAAGCUGCAACAGAGACAAAUUUGCCGCUUAUAUUUCUACCAGUUCAUCGAUCACAUAUUGACUAUCUGCUACUCACUUUCAUUCUCUUCUGCCACAAUAUCAAAGCACCAUACAUUGCUUCUGGCAAUAAUCUUAACAUCCCUAUCUUCAGCACUUUGAUCCACAACCUUGGGGGUUUUUUCAUUCGCCGAAGACUAGAUGAAACUCCAGAUGGAAGGAAAGACAUUUUAUACAGAGCAUUGCUCCAUGGGCAUAUAGUUGAACUACUUCGACAACAGCAGUUCUUGGAGAUUUUCCUGGAAGGCACACGCUCUAGGAGUGGCAAAACCUCCUGUGCUCGGGCAGGGCUUUUGUCAGUAGUAGUAGAUACUUUGUCUACCAAUACCAUCCCUGACAUCUUGAUAAUACCUGUGGGAAUCUCCUAUGAUCGUAUUAUUGAAGGUCACUACAAUGGCGAACAACUGGGAAAACCUAAGAAGAAUGAGAGUCUUUGGGGUAUAGCAAGAGGUGUUAUCAGGAUGCUACGAAAAAACUACGGAUGUGUAAGAGUGGAUUUUGCACAGCCAUUCUCCUUAAAGGAAUACUUAGAAAGCCAAAGUCAGAAACCUGUGUCUGUUCCAGCAUCUCUAGAACAAGCAUUAUUACCAGCUAUACUUCCUUCUAAACCCAAUGAUGCUGCUGAUGAAGAGGGAGAAACAUCCAUUAAUGAGUCCAGAAAUGAAACAGACGAAUCUUUCCGAAGACGACUGAUUGCGAAUCUUGCCGAGCACAUUCUUUUCACUGCUAGCAAAUCUUGUGCCAUUAUGUCAACACACAUUGUGGCCUGCUUGCUCCUCUACAGACACAGGCAGGGAAUUGAUCUCUCCACAUUGGUAGAGGAUUUCUUUGUGAUGAAGGAAGAAGUCCUGGCUCGUGAUUUUGACCUGGGGUUUUCAGGAAAUUCAGAAGAUGUAGUCAUGCAUGCCAUACAGCUGCUGGGCAAUUGUGUCAUUAUCACCCACACCAGCAGGAAUGAUGAGUUUUUUAUCACUCCCAGCACAACUGUCCCAUCAGUUUUUGAACUCAACUUCUAUAGCAAUGGUGUGCUCCAUGUCUUCAUCAUGGAGGCCAUCAUAGCCUGCAGCCUCUAUGCAGUUCUGAACAAGAGGGGCUCUGGGGGGCCCUCUGGUAUGUCCCCUAGCUUGGUCAGCCAGGAGCAGCUGGUGCAGAAAGCGGCCAGCCUAUGCUACCUUCUCUCCAACGAAGGCACCAUAUCUCUCCCCUGCCAGACAUUUUACCAAGUUUGCCAUGAAACGGUAGGAAGAUUUAUCCAGUAUGGCAUUCUCACAGUGGCUGAGCAAGAUGAUCAAGAAGAUAAUAGUCCUGGUCUUGCUGAGCAGAACUGGGGCAAGAAGCUCCCUGAACCUUUGUCUUGGAGAAGCGAUGAAGAAGAUGAAGAUAGUGAUUUUGGUGAGGAGCAGAGAGAUUGCUAUCUUAAGGUCAGCCAGUCCAAGGAACACCAGCAGUUCAUCACCUUCUUACAGAGACUCCUUGGGCCUUUGCUGGAGGCUUAUAGCUCUGCCGCCAUCUUCAUUCACAACUUCAGUGGGCCAGUUGCAGAGCCCGAAUAUCUGCAGAAGCUGCACAGAUACCUGCUAACCAGAACUGAAAGAAGCGUUGCAGUGUAUGCUGAGAGUGCCACAUACUGUCUUGUGAAGAAUGCUGUGAAAAUGUUCAAGGAUAUUGGAGUUUUCAAAGAGACCAAACAAAAGAGAGUGUCAGUUUUAGAACUCAGCAGCACUUUUCUACCUCAGUGUAACCGGCAAAAACUCCUUGAGUAUAUUCUGAGUUUUGUGGUGCUGUAGGUGAUGUGUGGCAUCUCUGAGAAAGAAGUGAAGGGCCUGGGAUGAGUCCCUCGUGGGCUGCCGCCUCUGGCUUGAGAGUUGAAGGUGCCAUCGUGUGAUCAGGCCUGACUUGUCCUGAUGUGACUUCCUGGAAGACAAGUGCCUUCACCCCACACGGAUUUAUGAUCACCUCAACUCUGAGAUGACACAGUAGCCUCCAGAUAACAUUUCGGGGCCUCCUUGGCCAGCCUCCAUUUGCAAUCAUAAUCAGUAGAUUACACAAUGAAAUCUCAACAGAUAUUUUGGAGUUUAUUAAAGCUUUUCCAUUUUAAGUACAGCUGUUAAGGACUAAUUACUAUGAUGGAUACACAACGGUAGUUGUAUUCUAGAACUGAAUCUUGUAUAAUAUACUUAAUGCUGUUAGGUAAUUCACUGAUAUAUUUUCUGAACGGUCAAUGCUUCCUUUAAAAAAUAACUGAGUCAUCCAUUCACUGUUUUUAUUUAUGUUUAGUUUCAUUUUUGUCCACAGUAGCUAAAUUUCAGAUGGGAAUACCUUUUCAUUCAAAAGUGCUUUACAGACAACUCCACUGAUGUACAUCACACCCAAGUGUCACUGUACUGUCCUGGGCUGUCAGAUUAAGAAAGUGUUUUCACAGGUACAGGAAAACACAAUAUUCGUCUAGGUCAGGAGGAAAGAUCAUGUGACCAGACAGCAAAAUUGGCUGGAAAAAUUCAAGGUUAGCUUCACCAGAAAACUGGCUUUCAAAACCUUUACUCAUAAAAAGAAAAAAAAGAAAAAGUGCCACUGAGUUUUAAAUGACCAGCAAGUAUUUAGGAAUAGCUCCCGGUUUUAUGUCUCUUCUGUGCCUGACUCUCACAGGUACAGCUGUCCUUAGCAAUCCUCCAAGCAAGUAGCAACCAUCCUGAGUAGAUUAGCUUGGCCUGAGAGACUGUUGGCAGAAAGAGCUCUGGUGAAAGGCACUUUGUCAGAGCUUUUUGGCAGAGCAGGCAGGUAGUGCCCAGAACCUCGUGUGGUGCCUACUACCUGCUCAAGUAGUGCUGUGUACAGUCUGUGUGGUGCCUGUGUCUACCUCUGUUGACAGGUAAAUAGAUGGAGACAGAGGUUUUUAACACUGAGGG